AUGGAGCUUCACCUGCAUUGCCAGGCUUUCUGGGCCAGCCUCCACCUGCAGAGUGGCCUCCUCGACUGGGACAUGGCUGCUGAGCUGGGCCUGGGACCCCCGCCCCAAGGCCCCACUUCUCUGGUGACCCCCAAGGGAUGCAGGCAGCUGGAAAGGCCAAAGGAAGAGGAGGAAGAGGAAGAGAACGCUCACAGGACUGAGGUGAAGCCCCAUUUGUGGAUGUGGGUCAACCCCAACGAGGUCUGCCCCAUUCCGGGGAGGGUCUUCUCUGUGCCGGAGCCCCCUUCCUUACCUGGUGACGCCCCUCUUGCUGACCCCCAGGCGCCGCUGCCACAGCCCUCCAACCCAGAGGGAAUCCAAAAGGACCCAAGAGUGCCUCCUGCUAGUGAAGCAGAGAAGGCUCCCUCUGGAGUGGGUCCUGGAGUUCCCCCAAAGGCCCCAGGGCCCCCCGAGGCCCCUGCCCCGAAGCCCAAGAAGCCCAAAGCCUUCCGGUCGCACGGCCGGCGGCUGAAGAGGGCCCAAGGGGAGUGGCCCCGGCCCCCCCUCAACUACUGCAUCCUCAUCAGCCUGGCCCUCCGCAGCAGCGUGGACAGCAGCCUCACCGUCCAGGAGAUCUACCAGUUCACCAGGCAGCACUUCCCCUUCUUCCGGACGGCUCCAGAGGGCUGGAAGAACACGGUCCGGCACAACCUGUGCUUCAGCAGCAGCUUUGAGAAGACCACGGACUUUGUCUGCCUGGAGGGGAACCGCAAGUCCCGGCUGUGGAGGCUGACCUCGGAGGGGCGGCGCCGGUUCCAGGAGGAGGCGCAGGCGCUGCCCACCGACCUGAUGGGCCUGGUGCACCAGAGCAUGGAUCGGCCCGAACUCUUGAGGUCCCUCUUUGGGCUCUGA